CGCCGGGAGCCGCGGCGGGAGCGGGGGAAAGGAGCGGCGGUUGGUCAGGCGAACGGCGAGGCGCGGCGCCGGGCAGGCCCCCGCGGGGUCCUUCGGCGACGGGAGCGGAGGGAGCGGGAUCGGCGGCGCGAUGAACCUGGAGCUGCUCGAGUCCUUCGGCCAGAACUACCCCGAGGAGGCGGACGGCACGCUGGACUGUAUCAGCAUGGCGCUGACGUGCACCUUCAACCGCUGGGGCACGCUGCUGGCCGUGGGCUGCAACGACGGGCGCAUCGUCAUCUGGGACUUCCUGACGCGCGGCAUCGCCAAGAUCAUCAGCGCCCACAUCCACCCCGUCUGCUCCCUGUGCUGGAGCCGGGACGGGCACAAGCUGGUCAGCGCCUCCACCGACAACAUCGUGUCCCAGUGGGAUGUGCUGUCCGGGGACUGCGACCAGCGCUUCCGCUUCCCCUCGCCCAUCCUCAAAGUGCAGUACCACCCCCGCGACCAGAACCGGGUGCUGGUGUGUCCCAUGAAGUCGGCCCCGGUGAUGCUGACCCUGUCGGACUCCAAGCACGUGGUGCUGCCCGUGGACGACGACUCCGACCUCAACGUGGUGGCCUCGUUUGACCGCCGGGGGGAAUACAUCUACACGGGCAAUGCCAAGGGCAAGAUCUUGGUCUUAAAAACAGACACUCAGGAUCUUGUUGCUUCCUUCAGAGUGACCACAGGGACCAGCAACACCACGGCCAUUAAAUCCAUCGAGUUCGCCCGCAAAGGGAGCUGCUUCCUGAUCAACACGGCCGACCGCAUCAUCCGCGUCUACGACGGCCGCGAGAUCCUCACCUGCGGCCGCGACGGCGAGCCCGAGCCCAUGCAGAAACUGCAGGACCUGGUCAACAGGACCCCCUGGAAGAAGUGCUGCUUCUCGGGGGACGGCGAGUACAUCGUGGCGGGCUCGGCGCGGCAGCACGCGCUCUACAUCUGGGAGAAGAGCAUCGGCAACCUGGUGAAGAUCCUGCACGGCACCCGCGGCGAGCUGCUCCUGGACGUGGCUUGGCACCCGGUGCGGCCCAUCAUCGCCUCCAUCUCCAGCGGCGUGGUGUCCAUCUGGGCCCAGAACCAAGUGGAAAACUGGAGCGCUUUUGCCCCUGAUUUCAAGGAGCUGGAUGAAAAUGUGGAAUAUGAGGAGAGGGAAUCAGAAUUUGACAUCGAGGAUGAGGAUAAGAGCGAGCCAGAGCAGACAGGUGCAGAUGCUGCCGAGGAUGAGGAGGUGGACGUGACCAGCGUGGAUCCCAUCGCCGCCUUCUGCAGCAGCGACGAGGAGCUGGAGGACGCGCGGGCGCUGCUGUACCUGCCCAUCGCCCCCGAGGUGGAGGACCCCGAGGAGAACCCCUACGGGCCCCCGCCCGAGGCCCUGCCCGGCGCCCUGCCCGACGACGCCCUGGGCCCCGACAGGAAACGGCCCGGCUCCUCGGACGGGCCCCAGAACCCCAAGAAAAAACCCAAAACCACCACCAUCGAGCUGCAGGGAGUCCCCAAUGACGAGGUGCACCCGCUGCUGGGCGUGAAGGGCGACGGUAAAUCCAAGAAGAAGCAGGCGGGCAGGCCCAAGGGAUCAAAAGGUAAAGACAAAGAUUCUCCAUUUAAACCGAAACUCUACAAAGGGGACAGAGGCGCUUUGCCUCUGGAAGGAGCAGCCAAGGGCAAGGUGCAGGCGGAGCUGGGCCAGCCCCUGACAGGUGGUGCAAUCUCAGAGUUGCUAUGAAUGAAGACUCUCCCUCCUCUCCCUGUCUCCUUUCCUCUCUUGGCUCCCCAGUGUGGAAAACGCUGGAAUUCCCAGGCAGGACUGGCACAGACUGAAUUCCAAGGAUUCGGGGAGCGAUUUGGGGCAGGAUUUUGGAAUGACUCUGCAAGAGGGAGCGGCCCCCUCCUCCCGGAUCAGGCACUGAGCUCCAGCCGGGAAUUUUGGGGACAAAUCCCUGUCCCAAAGUGACCUGGACCCCUUCCCCGCCACUCCAGAGCCUUUUAAUCUCCCAAAAUCUCUCUGCAUUCCUGGAUGGAAGAACAGCCCAAGGUGGGAGUUUGGAUUCUGACUGUCUCCUGCCGAGUCCCCCUUUUCCAGCUGGGAAUUCCCGACUCGCCGUGCCUGGCUUUUCCCAGGGCAGAGCUGCUGAUCCCAGCCCAGAUUUUCAGGAAUUUCCAGUGGGAUUGGAGGAGCUGAGGCCCCUCUGGAAUCUGCCUCGGUUUUGUGUUUGUUUUUCCCGCUCUGCCGGUGGCAGAAGGAGCAGCUUUAGAUAAAAAAAAGUCAUUUUCCAAUGGUUUUUUUUUCCCAGCCUGUGAUUCCCAAAGCUCUGCUGAAGUUCCCUCCUGUCCUUUCCAGUUCUUUUGUUCCUUCUCUUCCCUGGGAAAUUCUCCUCCAGGCUCCUCCUUGAUAAAUGAAAACCAAUUUUUUUGUCAGAACUGAA